GGAGUUGAUGAAAACCUAUAUACUGAACAGGUUUAUUCUGAGGAUCUCUAUAUAGAUCCCAAAAUUCCAGUGGACAAUACUGAGAGUUUUGAUAAUCAGGAAGUUAAUAGUAUUGAGAAUUUUGAUGAUCAUGAGAUUUCAGUUACUGAAAAUCUUAAUAAUUCAGAAGAUGAAUUUAAACUUCCAGAGGACGAAUAUGAUUUCUUAAAUUUUUCUGACUGA